AUGGCCCAAUGCGUUCUUCCCAAGUGGGCAAGUGUUGUUCCGCGCGACAUACCACCUCUUACGAAAGUAUAUCACAGAAGGAGAGAUGCAGAACCUCUAUUUGAAAGUCCAGAAUGA